AUGUUCCUACGUGCGCUGAAAAGAAAGUGUGAGGUAAACGUUCCUGUUUCAUCUGAUGGAGAGGCCAAAAGAGUGAAGGAUAUGGUGCAGGAGGUGCAGAAAGAGAACGAUGUAUGUAGCACAAAUAGUGGGUCCAGUUUCUGCCUUUUCGAGCUUUUAACCCAGAAAGGAUGGCGUUCUAUUCUGAAAGAUGAGUUUGACAAGAAGUACAUGAAAGACAUUGAGGCGUUUCUUCGUGCGCAGUAUGCUAAGAACGUCACGAUUUUUCCUCCACGACAUGAGAUAUUUUCUGCGUUCAACUUCACAUCUCUGGAAAGUAUUCGAGUUGUUAUCAUUGGACAGGACCCCUAUCAUGGCGUUGGGCAAGCUCAUGGCAUGUGUUUUUCCGUGAAAAAGGGUGUUAUGCCUCCUCCAUCACUGAGAAAUAUAUUUCGGGAACUGAGUGAAGACAUUCCUGGAUUUGUUGUUCCAGGCCACGGAUUUCUUCAAAAUUGGGCUCUUCAGGGAGUGUUCAUGCUGAAUGCAACGUUGACCGUUGAGUCUGGCAAAGCGAAUUCGCAUGAGAGGAUCGGCUGGCAAACAUUCACAGAUAGGGUUAUCAGCCUUAUUUCUCAGAAGAGCACUGGAGUUGUGUUUCUUCUGUGGGGCAGCUUUGCACAGAAGAAACAGGGCCUCAUAGAUCUUAAAAAGCACGCCGUUAUCAAGACAGCCCACCCUUCACCACUAAGCGCGCACAAGUGGUUCGGAUGCAAAUGUUUUUCAAAAACGAAUGCUGAGCUUACGCGUAUGGGCCGAGAAACGAUUAAUUGGGCUUCUUUGUAA